UAUCCACAUUUCCUUCCAAACUCAGCCCUAGAAUUCGUACGACUCUCCGACAAGCGCAUCGCCGACAUCUCAUGUUCCCGGCUUCUGCUCCGUCGCAGGGAGAGGCUCUCCCUCUUACUUCCUCUGUUCUUAAAGGCGCGGAACCAAAGAAUAGUUUAAUUCAUUAUUGUCGGAAAUCAUGCUUGCCAAUGCCGACGUUUCAAGUUGUGAAUGAAGGGCCUCCUCAUGCGCCGGAAUUUAGAGGUACUGUUUUGGUGAAUGGAGAAAGCUUUGCAUCUCCAAACACGUUCCUACAACGGAGGGCUGCCGAACAAGAUGCCGCCAAGCUCGCAUUAGCGCAUCUUCUAACUGUGAACAAAGCUGCUUUCUCUGUCGAUCUCCGCAAGUUGGUGUCUCAGGACAAGUCACUUUGCAAAAUGAUAGUGUACGAGUUAGCGGUCAAGAUGAAUCUGGGGAGGUGCAAAUAUGAGACACUUGAGGUUAAAGAACAUUCGACUCCGACGUUUGCUUCAUCUCUGGUGUUAAACGGUACACGUUAUAAAGGCGACUUUGGCAAGAGUAAGAAAGAAGCUGAGCAAUUAGCAGCACAUGCUGCGAUACUUUCCCUUCUUGGUGAUCCUACAUAUGCUGUGUCGUUGUCUGAAGUUAUUAUGCCUAAACUCAAACCUUAUGCUGCUUUUCUUGGAAAGGGCUUGGAGAUAAAUAUUUCUGUAAUCGAUAAAGCGGUCAGGACUGCCACUGUAGACAAUAAUAUCCUGACACCGCUGAAUCAGCAAGUGGGUGCAAUAGAACAAAGCAGUUCCAGGGUCAUGGUCAAUAAUAAUAUGCCGGAAAUGGCGAAUUCAGAGGCUGAGACAGUAGAGCAAGGCGGUUCUCGAGUCUUGACUAAUAAGGUAGACGAUUCUGGAGUUUUGUGUAGCAAUAAGAAUGUACCACAGAUGGUGAAUUCACAAGAUAAGAUUAAGGAGCAAGCUGGUCAUGGGGUCAUAGCCAAUGAGCAAGGCAGUUCCCCGGUCGUGGCUGAUAAGCAAGGCGAUUCUGAAGGAUUGGGCAGUAAGAAUAUGCCAGAGAUGGUGAAUUCACAGGCUAAGAUGAAUGAGCAAGGGGUCCUAGCCCAAGAGCAAGGCGAUUUUGGAGGAUCGGGCAACGAGAAUACUCCAGAGAUGAUGAACUCAUCGGCUAAUAAUACGAAGGAGCAAGGCGAUUCUGGUGUCAUCGCCAAUGACAAUGAAACUCUGUUCACUAAGGCUUCUUGUCAUGGCUGCAUAGAAAUGCAUCCUUCUCCACAUGAAUCCCAAUUGCAACAUCCAGACCCCUCGAUUUCUCAGCCCAUCGGUUUCCCGGAUGAGUCCACGCAGUCAGCAACGGUGCCAAGUCAGGAUUCUGUCUCGAGGUCUACUAAAAAGCGACAAAGGAGGAAGAAGAACAAGGCAAACAAGAGAUUGCAAACCGAGAACAAUGACGGUACGGACGUCGCACAAGUGCCUACGGAAGCGCAGCGAGGGGAAAUGGAAGGAUCCGAAUGAAAUUGUAAAUGGGUAGUUUGUUUUGGUAGAUGUGGAUUUUUAUGUAUUUUGCUUUGCGGUUUAUGAUUAGUCUUGGCAUUUUAUAUAUA